AUGAGCAUUCAAGUUCCCGCCGUUGUACGAUUUCAUAUACGCCUGUUUCAAGUAAUAGGGUGCUUUGACGCUUCACUGCAUGCGCAGCCAAAAAUGCAAAAGCUCGCCGAGCAUCGUCUUGUAGCCUGGACAAAUCUUCUGUUGUUGAUUUUUUCGUUGACAACUGUGAACACGUUCUCCCGACCGGGUGCAUUUCUUUUCACCGAUAAUCGUUUUGGUUACUUCAAUGAUGCCCUAAAGGUGGGCAUUGCGCAAAUAACAGUUUUUAUCAUUUACAUGGAGACGGUAAUGGGUCGAUGUGCAUUACGCACCUUCUGGCAGAGAUAUACGAUUUUAAAUCGAGUAAAAGCUGAAAAAUAUCAAAAUAAUACAAGUCAUUGGCGUGCACAGUUACAUACACAUCGUCGUUUCCUUUACAUUUUCUAUGGGAUUAUUGCAUUUGAUGUGUCUAUGGAAGUGAUCUUCCUUGCCAAGCAAGCAUUGGACAGUCAGGUAAUACGAUUUUGGGUUAUGUUUACACCAUUCAUUUAUAUGGUACAUUUGCGGAAUAUGCAAAUAAUAUUUCAUAUCGAAAUUAUACGGCACGAACUUGAGAAGCUGCGUAAGGACAUUGGACUGCUAUCAGAUUAUACAAGCUUUGCGCGUCGCGUAGCCCCUUUUGCAGGUUUUGAAAACUUUGUGCGCCAAAAGUUGGCCGAGAAGCAGUUGAUUUUUCAACGCAUCUAUGAGAUGCUGGACUACUUCCAGAAUGCAUUUGGCAUGUCCACCAUUGCAGUGAUCUUGAUGAUCUAUGUGCGAGUGGUCGUCGAUGGGUACUUCACAUUUUAUCUUAUACCAGACGGCUGGGAUAUUAUAGAAAAUUUGUUAAUGCUGCCUGCGUUCUUGGAGAUCCCAGCACUUUUACUGACUUCACAAAAAUGCAUGAAUGUGGUAAAGUUCAUAACAUUUGAAUUGCAUAAUAUCCGCAGCUCAGUGGAGAACACAAUUAUUUCUGUUCAGAUACAAAAUUUCUCACUGCAAAUGUUACAUCAGAAAAUACGAAUUGAUGGUAUGGGCAUAUCUCCAUUGGAUGGAAAAAUGUUAAUCCGUAUUGUGGGCUCUAUUAUUACGUACAUGAUUUUCUUCAUACAAUUUAUGCCAAAAUUUAGAAAUUUAUAAAUCAGUCGAAAAAAUUGCU